GGGAUAGGAAUAGUUGAUGUCUGUGUGUGUUUACAUUGGCAGGGGCAUUACGUUUUUUUUGCAUGUCUGUGGGCGUGCGUGUGGGCUUACUUAGCUAAAGUUUGGGGACAGAUUUGUCCCAAGAAAUUAGCUAAAUAUGACAAAAACCUCCCUUUGAGGUCAUUUGGUAGCAUUUGUAUUUGAAAAUAUAAUUAUACAUUUUAAUCAAUCAUAGUCAAUAAUAAAUGUGUCCAUCUGAGAUGAAGUGGGGUUUAGUAGCAGUAUUGUGCUGCAGAGAUCCAUGGGAAAUGUUGUAUGUUCUCGUUGCUCUGCAACCCCUUUGCUCCGGCCAGAUGUUGAGAGGGAAAGAGAGAAUGAGCGAGCGAGGGAGCACGUCUCAAACCCCUGCCUGCCUCACUGCUUUCAAGAACAACGUGCUUUCAGGAGAGCCUUCUAAUGAUCUCCGUCUGUAAGACUUUUUGGGCACUUUAAGGUUUUCUGAAACUAAGAGAGGUGAUUCGGCUCUGUAUGCUGAAGUUUGAGGAUUCGGGUCUUUCCCCCAGUCAUGGGGUGCAUGUUCUCUUUGCCUCAGGACAGACUGGCUGCUGCAGAGAGAUCUCAACCUGUUCGCGAGACCAGCUUUAUAGAGAAAAUGAAGAAAACGAACCGAAACAUUGUGGUGUUUUACGGAUCCCAAACAGGAACAGCUGAGGAGUUUGCUAACAGACUGGCAAAAGAUUCCCAUCGCUAUGGUAUGAAAGGGAUGGCAGCCGAUCCAGAGGAGUAUGAUAUGACCGAGCUGUCUAGACUGAGGGAAAUUUCAAAUUCCAUGGCUGUGUUCUGCAUGGCAACGUAUGGAGAGGGAGACCCCACCGACAACGCCCAGGAGUUCUAUGAUUGGAUGCAGGGCGCUGAUGAUAGCCUGGAGGGGAUCAAUUUUGCAGUUUUUGGUCUUGGUAAUAAAACCUACGAGCACUUCAACGCCAUGGGCAAGUACACAGACAAGAGACUUGCUGACUUGGGAGGGAAAAGAAUCUUUGACCUCGGGCUCGGAGAUGAUGAUUCUAACUUGGAAGAAGAUUUCAUCUCUUGGAAGGAACAGUUUUGGCCGGCAGUGUGUGAGUUCUUUGGAGUGGAAGCCACAGGAGAAGACGGCAGCAUUCGGCAGUUUGAACUGGUGGUCCACAAUGACAUCAACAUGAAUCAGGUGUACACAGGAGAGGUGGGGCGUCUUGGAAGCUUUCAAACGCAGAAACUGCCUUUCGAUUCAAAGAAUCCUUUCCUUGCUUCUGUUUCUGUAAAUCGUAAGCUGAACAAAGGAGGAAACCGUCACCUGAUGCAUAUAGAAUUGGAUAUUUUAGACUCUAAAAUCAGAUACGAUGCUGGAGACCAUGUUGCCGUUUAUCCCACAAAUGACACAACAAUGGUCAGCAAACUAGGAAAGAGACUUGGUGUAGACUUGGAUAUCAUCAUGUCCCUCAAAAAUCUGGAUGAGGAGUCUAAUAAAAAGCAUCCAUUCCCCUGCCCGACAACAUACCACACGGCACUGACACAUUACCUGGACAUCAACAACCCGCCCCGUACAAACGUGCUGUAUGAGCUGGCGCAAUACGCCUCUGAUCAAAAAGAACAAGAAAAUAUGCGCAAGAUGGCCUCUGCAUCUCCAGAAGGAAAGGCUCUGUACAAGAGUUGGGUUGUGGAUGCUGAAAGGAACAUACUGUCUAUUCUAGAAGAUCUACCAUCUCUCCAACCACCGAUAGACCACCUCUGUGAACUUCUGCCUCGACUGCAGGCUCGAUACUAUUCCAUCGCAUCCUCCGGCAAGGUGCAUCCAUCCUCCAUCCACAUCUGUGCUGUGGUGGUGGAGUACGCUACCAAGACGGCAAGGGUCUUCAAAGGUGUGGCCACCAACUGGCUGAAGAAUCAAGUUGUAACUGAUAACGGCCACAAGCCCACCGUUCCCAUGUAUGUUAGGAGAUCCCAGUUUCGGCUGCCGUUCAAACCCAGUAAUCCUGUAGUCAUGAUCGGGCCUGGAACCGGCAUCGCCCCCUUCAUAGGCUUCAUCCAGGAGAGAGCAUGGCAGAAGGAACAAGGGAAGGAUGUUGGUGAGACGAUACUUUACUUUGGCUGUCGGCAUAGGAACGAAGACUUCCUGUACCAGCAGGAACUGGAGGAGUUUGAAAGGGCAGGUGUACUGACGCAGCUUAAUGUUGCUUUUUCCAGAGACCAGGAGGACAAAGUCUAUGUGCAGCAUCUUCUGAAGAAAAAUAAGGAACACCUAUGGAAGCUAAUUCAUUUCAAUAAUGCUCAUAUCUAUGUUUGCGGAGAUGCACGUAAGAUGGCUCGGGACGUCCACGCUGCUUUCCAUGAGAUCGCACAGGAGGUGGGCGGACUGACGCAUAGUCAGGCUGUGGACUAUUUCAAGAAGCUCAUGACCAAGGGCCGCUACUCGCAGGAUGUUUGGAGCUAAAGCAACUGAUGAGCCAGUAUCUGCUACUUUACCUCAGAUGUUUUGUUUCGUCAGAGUACAGAUAUACAUCACAGAACUCACCUUUUCUGUGUUUGCAUUUACUUGGACUGAUUUGUUGCUGUCAGUGUCUCUUAAAGUAUACAGACGCUUGAGUGCACAGGUCAGUAGAGCUGAUAUAACUGAAGGCACAAAGAAGAGUCUAAAAUAGCUGAUUUGAUCUUUAAAUUUUUGCUUUCGUAAUGCUAUAUCAUGUCCAUUACGGACAGUAUUUGAUGCCCAUUUAUGUGGUAAUGUAUAUCAAAGAUGCAAAAUGUUCUAUAGCUUCUUCUUAAAGGGUUAGUUCAACCCCCCCCAAAAAAUCAUUCAAUAUGUAUGGCUUUCCUUCUACUACAGAACACAGAAUAUAUUUAGAAGUAUGUUGGUAACCAAACAAAAUGCACCCCAAUGUAUGGACACAAAACCACUGAGACAUUUCUCAAAAUAUCUUCUUUUGUGUUCCACAGAAGAAAGAGUCAAAUACAGGUUUUGUAAUUGUUUUUAAAUUGUUUUUUUGGAGAACCCAUUAAACACGGCCUUAUUUAUAUAUAUUUUGUUUGACUGUCAAUUGUUUAAACCCUGUGUUAAAAGACUACAAUUAUCACUUUUAUAUCCUUAUUAAAGAGCUUUAGGUUUCUGUUUUGCAACUUCUAGAAAUUGUAAUGUAAUGCAUUCACUCACAGAAAUCAACUAUUAUGGGAUGUUACUUUUCUAAUCAUGUGAUGUUAGUUACAACUUGACUUAUUUAUUGUUUGAUAUACUAAACCCGUGUCCUGUCUAUGCAUUCAUUUAAAAAAAACACUAUGGCAAGUUGCUGUUUGUGAGCAAUUAUGCAAUUGAUGUGACUUCCAUCAUCACUAGAUGAUGAACUAGACUGUUAAAAUAUUCUAAGCAACUAUUUGUUAAGCAGAGGUGUAAAGAGUACCUGAAAACCAUACUUAAGUAAAAGUACAGAUACCUUGCAGUGAAAAUUACUCCAUUACAAGUUACAAGUCACCAAUUCCAAAACGACUUGAGUAAAAGUCUUUGAGUAUCUGAUUUUAACAGUACUUGAGUAUUUUACUCAUACUGAAUGUAGGCUCAAAGCAGCACUAGUCCUCAACACUUAAGAGACACAUCAGUGAAAAACUAGAAACAGUUGAUUUGUGAGGUGAGCAAUCGCAUUUAUUUUCUUAAAUCAUAAUAAGACUGAACACCUCAAAAUUGCAACAAAUCAUGGUCGACACCAUAACCUACGUCAUUACAAACACCCUAAGUCUCAUUUAAGCUCAAGUGCUCAUAAGUAAACCAAAGUCCUUCAAAAAGGUCUCUUCAAUAUAACAGAUAAAUAAAAUAAUGUUAAGUAGAAUUAAAAAGUCAAAGCCUUUUUGCACUGGACAUGCUGGUUUGGGCCUCAUGGCCAGCUGCAGUCAUGUCCUCAUUUCACAUACACUGUUAGCCCUUACCUGCCAUUUCUACAGUAAUACAUUGGCAACACUGUUGCCAGCUAGUUACUGUAGGUGUUUUACAGUAAACUACUGCAAUGGCUGUUUGAAGAUACAUUAUUAAAGAAUCUAUUAACGCACUUAAGUCACACAGUCUUAGAUGAACAAGUGUAAAUAACAGAUGAACACAAUAAAUCUGUCAAGAUUUCACCAGAGGAGAAUUAAACACAAACAUCAAUAACAUCUUCACAUAUUACAGACACCA